AUGACCCACUUAGACUGGGGGCAGGGGGGUCUGGGAGGCACAGGGAGAGAGGAGCUGAAGCAAUUAGGAGGUGAGUCAUCCAUUCAUCCAUCAACCCACUCAUCCGUCCUUCCAUCCACCCACCCAGUCAUCCACCCACUAAUCCAUCCAUCCACCCACUCAUCCUUCCAUCCAUUCAUCCACUCAUCCAUCCACCCUCUCAUCCAUCCAUCCAUCCAUCCACCAACUCAUCCAUCCAUCCAUCUACCAACUCAUCCAUCCAUCCUUCCAUCCAUUCAUCCAUCCAUCCAUCCACCAACUCAUUCAUCCUUCCAUCCAUUCAUCUAUCCAUCCAUCCACCCACUAAUCCAUCCAUCCACCCACUCAUCCAUCCAUCCACCAACUCAUCCAUCCAUCUACCAACUCAUCCAUCCAUCCAUCCUUCCAUCCAUUCAUCCACUCAUCCAUCCACCAACUCAUCCAUCCAUCCAUCUACCAACUCAUCCAUACAUCCUUCCAUCCAUUCAUCCACUCAUCCAUCCACCCUCUCAUCCAUCCAUCCAUCCACCAACUCAUUCAUCCUUCCAUCCAUUCAUCUACUCACCCAUCCAUCCAUCCACCCACUCAUCCAUCCACCCACCCCCUCAUCCAUCCAUCCAUCCCCCCACUCAUCCAUCCACC